AUGACCUCUACUUCUUCUUCCUCUUCUUCAUCUGAUCGAUCCGAUUCGGCGCUACUCGAAAUUUGGCUUCCUGCGUAUGAAUCUGAAGAUGAGUGGAGAGCAUUGGCGCGACUGGCCUCCACACAUCAACGUGAUGAUGAAGGAGGCCAACAGCAAGAAGGACGAAAGAGGCCGAGAGAGCGUGAGCCAACGGCAUGCCGCUACGGGCUCGACUGCUUUCGGGCCAACGAGAAGCACAGGCGCAAGUUCUGGCACCCGCCGAGCGAGUGUCGAGCCCUGCGCGAGCAGGUGCGGUGCAACGUCUUCGUGAGCCCGCCCGAAGUCAUGGCCGCCGCCGAUCGCUUGCUGGUCUUCAUCUGCGGCAUGGGUCCCGUGAGGGCAGGACAGUGGGCGCGUAAGCUGUGCAUGUUUGAAUCGCUGCAGACCGGGUCCAUUUUGCCGUACCUCGCGAGGGCCAGGGACGAGGGCUACGCGGUUGUCGUACUCAACCCCAACUACAACGAAGCGGUCGUAAAGAGAAAGCUGGCUAUCAACAGCAAGCAGGCCGAGGCAACGAAAGCAAAGCCAGCAACGGCGACCAGAGGUCACAAGAGACGACGACAGAACAGCGACGACGACGAUGAAGAGGAAGAAGCGGAGGAAGAACAAGGAGAAGAAGAACAAGUUGAAUACGAGGACAAGGUGUCCAUCCCGUUCAACGAGAAUGGGUUUCGACACAUCGCGCACGUGUGGGACCGACUCAUCACGCCCACCCGGUUCGGCAUCAAGGGCACGGGCAAGGUGGCCAUCGUAGCGCACAGCUUCGGCGGCAACCACGCCCUGUCGAUCAUGCAGGACCGGCGACAGGACCUCUUCAGCGCCUCCGCGCGCGCUCGGCGAUCGUCGUCCAUCCACGCCGUGGCGUUCAUCGACUCAGUCCACACCAUCGACGACAAGACGCCGCCGCACGUGACCCGGCUGUUGCGUACGAGGGCGCGCCACUGGGCCAAGAGCCAGCAGCCGCUCGACACGCCGCUCGACCGACGCGAUGACGACAACGAUGAAGAGCAACAAUGCGAGGACAGAAGAGGCAAGCGAAAGAAUGACAAAACGAAGAAGACGACGACGACGACGAAGAAAGAAGAGGACACGACGCACGCGGAUGGGUGCGAGCGAGUGAGUGCGGGAAGCGACAGCCACGACCACUGCCCGUCUGCGUGUAUCGACUCUGUCUUUGGCUGGUUGGCCCAACAGAUGGGGUAG